AUGAAGCUCGAUAAUAAAGAUGCAAGAAAACACAUUACAAAAAACAUAUUACAAUAUUUGCGAGGUUUUUUCUUUGCAAGUAACUUAAAAGCUGCAGAUCAUUACUUGCCUGAAGACAUGCAUGCCGAUCUUGAAGAUUUGGCAAGAAAUAGUGAGCUUUCAUUUGAGGAAAUUCUAACAGUAAAAACUAUUAAGGGAUGGAUCGGAAGAUAUAGUGCCAACUUCAAAAAAGACGCAUCAGAACGAGCACUUACAGAAGCUAGCAACGAUGAUACAUUAGUAUAUAAUAAGGGUAAUGACAGAACUAGUAAGCGUCAAAAA